CGCCCGCUUUCGCUUUAACAUGGCGGCGGCUGCCACCUUAGCGGCCCCGAGCGCGCUGGGCUGUGCGGGCCGGGAAGAUGCGGACUGUCCAGAGAAGGAGGUGACCGGAGGCGACGCGGAGCUGCCCGAGCGCCAGCUGCAGGUCCCGGAGGAGGAGAACGCGGAGAUGGUGGCCGAGGCCGAGGCCGUGGCCGCCGGCUGGAUGCUCGACUUCCUCUGCCUCUCUCUGUGCCGAGCCUUCCGCGACGGCCGCUCCGAGGACUUCCGUCGGACUCGAGACAGCGCGGAAGCUAUUAUUCAUGGACUACCCAGUCUUACAACUUACCAGUUGAGAACUGUAUAUAUAUGUCAGUUUUUGACAAGAAUUGCAGCAGGAAAAUCUCUUGAUGCACAGUUUGAAAGUGAUGAAUGUAUUACACCCUUGGAAUCGGCCCUGAUGAUUUGGGAUUCAAUUGAAAAGGAACAUGACAAACUUCAUGAAGAAAUACAGAAUUUAAUUAAAAUUCAGGCUGUAGCUGUUUGUAUGGAAAGUGGCAACUUUAAGGAAGCAGAAGAAGUGUUUGAAAGAAUAUUUGGUGAUCCAGAAUCUCACACGUCUUUAGAAAGGAAAUUACUCAGGAUAAUCUCUCAGAAAGAUGCAUUCCACUCCUUUUUUCAACAUUUCAGCUAUAACUGCAUGAUGGAGAAAAUUAAGAGUUAUGUGGAUUGUGUGCUGAAUGAAAAAUCAUCAACUUUUCUGAUGAAGGCAGCAACAAAAGUAGUGGAAAAUGAGAAAGCAAGGACACUAGCUUCUGAGAAUAAGCCAGAUGCUACUAAUACUGAAACAGAAACUGAAGUUAAUUUGAAUAAAGGAGAAAGUGUUGGUGGCCAACAGUGUACAGAAACUGAAUCCUUCAUGAAUACAGUAUCCGUAAUAAGGUCUCACAAGACGGUCUUAUCUAAGUUGAAACAACAAAGCAGUCAACCAGAUUUUAAUAAGAAAGAAGCAAAAAUUGGAAUUCUUCAAAGUGAAAUAACGACAGAAGGAAACAGAAGAACCAGUGGACACAAUAGUUUAUGUAUUUCAGGGGAUUUGCCAGACACUAAUGAAAAACACGGACGUAAGAAAAAACAGCCAUGGAUUUGGGAAGAGGAUAGGUUUUUGAAGUGUGGUGUAAGGAAAUAUGGAGAGGGAAACUGGACGAAAAUACUAUCACAUUAUAAGUUCAACAACCGAACAAGUGUCAUGUUAAAAGACAGGUGGAGAACAAUGAAGAAACUGAGGCUGGUUAACUGAGGCCCUGAAGGCUGUGUGGGUUUGUUUUGGCUUAAUUCAAGGACAAUUAAAUACUUGGAUCACUACAUUUUGUUUAAAACUGUCUGGUCAGUGAUGGAUGUAUCUUAAGGGGUUUUUUCGUUGUUGAAAGCAUUAUUUUUUGUGAUAGUUUUGUACAGAUUUGUACUGUAAAAGUAAAUUAUAUGCCAUAAUUGUUUUUAUAAGUCUUUUUAUUUUUGUAAAAUAUAGGUUUGUUGAACCCUACCAAAUUCAAUUCCCCAUCCCACAUCCUGUUGUAAUACAGAAAUAAAGCCUGAUAAGAUAAAAAGUAUUUAUUUGUGGCUGUUUCUGUUUGUUCUACUAACCUUACAAAAUGCCACACGGAAAUGGAUUUCUAAAGAAUGGAACUGGAAUACUCCUUUGUGAUUUUUUUUUGUUGUCGUUG